CUUUUUCCGGUAACAACAAGUGUUUGAUUUUGUAAACAGAAAACACCUGAUACAUGAAAUUUAAAUAUGGCGCCACAAAAUUGGUGCUUGGUGCCAUCUGGUCCAGUCUCUCGGUACUUGUAAUAUUUAAAAAAUGAGCGCAAAUCUGUUCAUAUUGAAAAAAGAACGCGAAAUAACUGAAAAUUAAUAAACUUUGACAAGUAACAAUAAUUCUGUGGAAAAUAAUACCAUCAACUGUCAAAUUACAAGUUUGCACUGAUGGAAUUCGGCCUAGUUUCUAAGUCAACACGGACACGGAUCGCGAGCAGCUGACAGGCAAUUCGUAUAUGUAUCCAUUCAGGAAUACCACGUGCAGCAGGUUAUGAAAUCUCAAAACUCAUAACCAAAAUUCCGCCAGAAUACAAACAAAAUAGUUAAUCAAUUUCUCUAAAAGAAAACAAAAUACCACAAAAAUGUUGAGUACGCUCACGACGUACUCGCGGAUGAUUGUACGACGACAUAACAAAAAUUUUUCGACGAAAAAAAGCAAGAUUCCACCGAAACCACAAAACAAAACACUACCAGUCUUUCAAUAUGCGACGAGUCAGGAAGAUUAUCAAAGGGUUUAUGUUUGGGGUUUGGCGGAACACGGAGCAUUGGGAACUUUAGGAAAAACAAGAAUAGCGGACGACGUAGCUUACAUAGGAAAGCCUAGCAGAUUGUACUUUGGAGAGAAGCACAAAGUGGUUCACAUAGCUUGUGGCUAUGGAUUUACAAUGUUCGGAGUCAAUUCUGACGACAGAAAAAUUGUUUAUGGCAAUGGAAUCAACACAGACUCGCAAAUUGGAUUCGAUGAUUCUGACGAACAGUACACAGCCGGAAUAAUUCCUGUCCCAAGACCCAUUUAUUUGCCAUUGAAGAGUCUUUCACCAAAAGUACUUGGACUGGCAGCAGGAAGAGCUCACUCUUUAAUUUUAACCAGUGAGGGAGUUUUCACGUUGGGCAACAACGGUUAUGGACAAUGCGGAAGGUCCAUUAUAGAAAACGAAGAAUAUGCGCAGAGUCGAGUUGUCCAUCACAUUCCUAACGUCAAAGGUGAAAUCAUAACCAGCGUUGCUGCUGGCCAGGAUCAUAGCAUUCUUUUAACAGAAAAGGGCAGAGUUUACACUUUUGGUUGGGGCGCCGACGGCCAAACUGCUCUGGCUCACUACAAAAAUGAAUGGCAACCGUCCCUGGUCAAAGGUGAUCUGGCUGGUCAGCAUAUAACCAAAUUGGCAUGCAUCGCCGACUGCGUUUUGGCUUUGAGUGACAAAGGAAAAGUUUUUGGCUGGGGCAACUCGGAAUAUGGACAACUCCCAGUCAAAGGCGAUAAUCACCAAAUCAAUAUCGCCACAGAAUUAGUGAUUCCUCCGGAAGUUGGGCACGUUGUUGACAUCGCUGCUGGUGGCAGUUUUUGCAUGCUGUUGAACAGCACUGGCAAUGUCUACGUUUGGGGCUACGGCAUUCUCGGAUUCGGACCUGAAGUUCUGACGGUUGACAAACCUACUCUCAUUCCUCCCACCCUCUUCGGUGCCAACCCCUACGACAAAAAUGUUAAGGUUUCGAAAAUCUGCUGCGGUAUCAGCCACCUCGGAGCUGUGACCAACACGGGCGAUCUCUACAUGUGGGGUAAAAACAAAUUUGGUUUCCUGGGCCUCGGAAAUCGAAAUGAUCAAUUUUUCCCUCUGAAGGUCUCUAUUGGAGCGCAGGUGAAAAGAGUUGCUUGCGGAGUCGACCACACGGUGACGCUGUGUAAACCCUUCAUUUGAAAAAAUUGUGAAAAAUUAUGAGAACAAGCAAACCCCAAAAGAAAACGUAAUUAGUAUUUUACGUUAGAACUUUCAACGAAUCAGUGAAACUCGAUUCCUGUGUAAAUAUCAAAAAAAAUCAAAAUGUAAUUUGCAAACGAAUAAAGAGAAAAUUUUCCAAAAAAAAAUCUGAA